GGGAAGCUGGGGGAGAGGCGCUGGGGGAGAGCAGGUGCAAGCGCCGUCCGCUCUGCAGCAUGGCGAGGGAGCCCGGCCCCCAGCUGCCAAGUGUCCUGCCCGCCCAGAGGAAGCUCCGCAGCGGUUUUGCCAAGCCCUGACCCCUGUGAGGAGGGGAGAAGUUGGCGGUGAGUCUCACACCGCAGCCAGCCCCUAGCCUCUGUCUGCUCCCGGCGCCCUCGGGAGAAGUCAGGUGUCUCCCGCGAGGCCGCUCAGCUGCGCCGCCCGCCGCCCGCCGGGAGGAGGAUGCGGAGCCGCCCUGCCCAGGGGAAGAUUGCCCAGGAUUGACUUCUGUGUUGGAGCAUUGUUCGUGUUUCACUUACGUUGAAAUAUUAGAAGCUAUGGCAAAAGAAUGCCUAAAGAACUGCUGCAAAGGGUGUUUCUGCGUGGAGAAGGAAAAGAAUGACUCUUCCAUGGAGAAGGAAUCUGAAGCUGCAGCUGAAAACAGGCAAAACAUUGUGGAGAAACCUCCAUUGUCUUCUGUGUCAGUGAAGCGUCAAGUUGGCUGUUCCGAGGAUUAUCUCCUUGCGAAACUGCCAUCAGAUGGCAGGCAGGUCCCAUUUGUGCUCCCUCAGCUUAAACUAGCUUACGUACAACCCAAGAACCUUGGCAGUUUGUCGCACGUUGGGGAAAUUCAAGGAUCUGCCAGAGCCUUUGUUAGUGACAGGAAAGCAGAACUUUCCAAUAUAUACCAGCAAGGGCCCCAUGGUGACGUGGUGUAUAAUCCAUUCUAUAGGCAGCAGCAUAUUUCACCGGAUCUGACUAGGCGCUUCCCAGAAAAAUCAGAUGUGAGAUUAUAUGGAUCAGUUUGUGAUUUAAGGAGUAACACGCUUCCUGGAUCACCUGGCUUAAGCAGUUCGCUGUUUGAUCUCACAAAUCCACCCCAUCGUGUCAUCCAGAGAUAUGAUUCAGUCUCCAGUGUACCCAGUAGUACCUCCUCGAAGAAGGAUUCACAAGGCAGUAACAGGAGCCUGGAUACCAUUACAUUAUCAGGUGAUGAACGAGACUUUGGAAGAAUGAAUGUGAAACUGUGUUAUGUUCCUUCUGCAGAACAGAUCUGGAUCACAAUCUUGCAUUGCAAAGAUCUGAGCUGGCCUUCUAGUUAUGGGGAAAAUCCUUAUAUCUCUGUCAAAGGAAUUCUGAUGUUGCCUAAGCCAGUGCAGUUCAAAUCUUCAGCCAAAGAAGGUUCCAAUGAUAUUGAAUUCAUGGAAACCUUUGUGUUUACUAUCAAACUGAAAAUUCUGCAGACUGUAAGACUGGUGUUUAAAAUCCAAACUCAGACUCCCCGAAAGAAAACAAUUGGAGAGUGUGCCCUGCCACUACGAGAGCUCAGUUCACAGGAAUCGGAUCAUUGGUUGGAUAUAAUUCCGCCUUCCAAAGUUUCAGUGUGCAAAGCAGAACUUCAAAUAGGAACCUGUUUUCAAGCAAUAAACAGCAGGAUUCAGUUACAGAUUCUUGAAGCCCAAAGCCUCCCAAGCUCAUCCACACCGCUCUCUUUAAAUUUCUUUGUGAAGGUUUCAAUGUUUAGUACAGAAGGGUUGAUUUGUAAGAAGAAGACUCGUCUAUUGAAAUCCACCAAUGGCCAAGUGAAGUGGGGAGAAAUGAUGAUUUUUCCUGUUAGCCCGAAUGAACAAGGAAUUAAUUUUCUCAUCAAACUCUAUAGCAGGUCCUCAGUGAGAAGAAAACACUUCCUGGGACAGGUCUGGCUAAGCUCUAAUAGCAAUAGUAGUGAAGCAGCAGAUCAGUGGAGAGAUACAAUCGCAAACCCCGAAAAGGUAGUCAUUAAAUGGCAUAACAUAAAUCCAUCCUGAAGGAUGUCAGAGAUGAAUUCAGUACUGAUAUGGACUUGCUACAAGAAAAUCCUGCACUCUUAAAAUGAACUAAUACAGAUAAGAAGAGGGAAAAUACUGCCUACUUGAAUGUUUCAGGGAGUCUGGACUUGCAUCACAUAUUGUUAACUGGAAUAAGCCAAAAGGAAAAGGGAUCAGAGCUUUCACAGAGUACUGCUGGCAAAAUACUGGUAUAAAAACAGCUGGGAAUUAGUGAAACUGUACACUGAAGUAAAGCAUUACCUAGAGAAGUGAAUUGUUGUUACUGUAGUUUUUCCAAGAAGGAUUAUAUAAUAUAAUGUUUAUGUAAAUGUAAAGCAUAUUUUAAAAGGGGGGUGUGGAAUUGAGCAUAUGCCCUUUUGCAUUUUAAACUUCUUUAUAGAAGGCUCGAAAGGGGAUUUGUGUUUAUUUUUGGUUUGGGGUUUUGUUUUUUUUUCCCAAAAAGAUUUCUCUGAACUUUUUAAGUAACAAUAGAAACGCAGUUCUCAUCUUCCCUGGAAAUGUCUAUAGAUGACUGGAGAACUGGCUGGAUUAUCUCUUUGAUACCAAGCAAGUGAAAUCAGACUGCAAGGGGAAGUGUUGUUAUAAACAGUCUGAACAAACUAUUUUUUCUAAGUAACUCCUGAAUAAACAGGAGAAAAGAUGCAACAUCACAACACUUCCGUUAAGGGUUGAGAAUGUUCCCAUCCUCCUGAGACUUUCACAAAACCAGGGAAAUGAAGACAUGAUAUUCUUGAUAUUUCAAAGACAACACAAAAGCAGCAGAAUUUAAAAAAUAAACAAACCCCUUUUAGGCCACUUUUUUUUUUUCUACUUUUUUAAGUAAAAGAGGCAACAAACAUUGUUUCCCUUGCAGAUUCUAUAACAAUGUUGGUAUCAAGUCUCUGAAAGCAGAAGCUUGAUUCUGAUUUUUUCCCCAUUGUUCUCUGUCAUGGGUCUCCAUGCGAAGCCUUUAGUUGGGCAGGCUCACAUUGACAUCAGUGGGAGUCUGCCCACGUACGUACUUCCCUUUUGGGGCCCCUUCAUUAAGAUCGAGGGGGUCGCAUGAGUUUUGACUCCAUUUGAACAGAAUGAAAUGAACAUCUCUACAAAUAAGCACACUUCAGGGGGUAGAGCCUCAGCUGUGGCCUUGGAGCACUUAGCACAGCUAAGGAGUGGGGAACACACAGGGAUCCUGGGGUCACCCCAAGCAGUAGUCAGAGCCCAAAGACUGUUCUACCUUGUGCCAGCUGGCAGCAGCCACAGAGAGCCAUUCCAGUAGCCAGGGAUAGUGGUGAGGCACAGAUCUUCUUUUCUCCCAGCAGCCUCUGCUAUUUUGACACUGUCACGGGUUGGAUCACAGAAACCUUCU